AUGGAAACCAACAAAGAAAGAAGAGAACAGUUACAACAAGAACAACAACAAAAACAAAUAAAAGAAGCAAAAAAUAAAAAGCAAGAUGAAAAAGAAGAUCCGAUAAUAAAUGUGAUACGAGAAAGUAUUGUGACAUCUACCAAAGAAGCAAAUCAGCCCGAUGACAUUUUGGCUUUCUCUCGGUCUGUUAACAAUGUUGAUUCCUCUCUAGAGUGACUUUUAUGUGAAAUUUUCGCUUGUCUAUUUUCUAUAUAUAUUGGUGAUGUAUAUAUAUAUCUAGCAUAAAAAUGUUCUUUUGAUGACUUUGAUUGAAAUGUGUACGUGUGUUUA